GAUGUGAGUGUCGCUUUCGUAAACGACCGACUUUACUAUAAGAUUUUUCAAUUGGGUAAUUUUCUUUUUCUUUUCAUUUCUUUUACUUUUCUUUUUAAUCCAGGCGUCUGAGGUGCAAAAAAAAGCAGAAACUACAAGGAACUACCCCAGUGGUGUCAGUCAGCCGGUAGCCAUGACGACGAUGGUAAUGGAGAGAAUUGGACGGCUGUUCAUCAGCCUGCAGCAGAUCCGACAGGUUCCGCGGAUGCUGACCGAGGCGGCGCCCUCCAUGCCCAGCACUGUGAGAGACACAGAGGUUCCCUGCCACUUCAGGGAGCAAUGCGUCUACACCGGCUAUCGACCGCUCCACCAGAAUUGGCGCUACUACUUCCUGUCAUUGUUCCAGUGCCACAAUGAGACCAUAAACAUCUGGACACACCUGCUGGGGUUUUUAGUCAUCUUGGUGAAAUUCUGCCAGCUUGCUGAGACUGUGGACUUUGUCACAGAUCAUCACUCUUGGCCGCUCUUCAUGCUGCUGACGUCCUCCUUGAUCUACACUUCGUGCAGCACGGCAGCUCACCUGCUUGGGAGUAAGUCUGAGCUCUCUCACUAUGUCUUCUACUCUGUGGAUUACAUCGGGGUGGCACUUUACCAGUAUGGCAGCGCCGUGGCUCAUUUCUACUACAGCAUAGAAGGGAGCUGGCACAGCUAUGUGCAAGACAUCUUCAUGCCGACUGCCGCCGUCCUCAGCUGCCUCUCAUGCUUCGGUUGCUGCUACGGAAAAUACUGCAACUGCACUUCAUCAAUGUGGGUGCGUAAGGUGCACCAGGUGGUGCCCGCGACCCUCGCCUAUGCCUGGGACAUCAGUCCCGUGUUCCACAGAUUCUUAUCCUGGUCUGCGUCCAGCACAGAUCCUGCGAUUUCCUUCCACUUUGGCCAAGUAGCUCUCUUUCUCAGCAGUGCCUUCUUCUUCACGUCUCAUGUCGUGGAGCGCUGUUUUCCCGGACGGUGUGAUUUUGUGGGACAAAGCCAUCAGGUAUUCCACGUUCUCUUAAUUUGUUGCACCCUGGCUCAGAUUCAUGCAACACACCUGGAUUACUUGGGUCGGAUGACGGUGUACUCAGGUCUGCACAGGAGCGGCGAUGCGGCUCUCUUUGUGGGAUUAUAUGUGAUCACUGCGGUUGUGUGUACGAGCAUUGCUGUCUUCAUAUUUAGGAAAGUUAAACGAGUACUCGACUGCAAAGCCAAGUCGAAAUAACAGCUUGUGUGCUGAACUGGGAAAAGGGACUUUUUUCUGUAGAUUUGUGUUCUAUAUGCCGACGAUAUGCACUUUCUCAGAAUCAUUGUUGCUGACAAGCACAAAUGAGCUGGAUGUUCUGCAUCAGAAAUUGAUGUGGCCAAUCACAAAGUUGAAAAUUGAAUGACUCAAUCACGUGGCUGUGUGUGGGGUUUGGGGACUGGUUCAGUUUUCCUAAAACGGGCUGAUAACAGGACUAUUCCGCAAGGUACCCUUCUACUACGAUCACCCAUGAUCCUAAAAAGUUAAAAAAACGAGGUGAAACAGCUUAGUCUGGUUUGCCUCCUAACAUGCUGCCUUAUAAAGUGCAGACCUGGCAACCUGCCCUAUAAUGAAAGAAAGGAGCUGCACCCUCGGCCAGACGUGAUCAAAACUGCAACAAACGCUGGUGUUGCUUCACAUUUUUACCCCGAUGGAGCACGAUCAAGAAGUUACUACGAUGCUUCAAAACGUGCCCUGAUGUGCUAUUUUGAAUUAAAUGGGAUGGAACGGUGCUCUGUGGAAUAACCCCGUAAUCGAAAGGUUCUACACAUGAGUUACAUUUUUAGGUGGAUCUGGAUAAAUAUAGAAUGGAUAAGUAACUCACUGGUUUAUGCUAUUUUAAGCCAUAAAAUUGUGAAUAAUUAGGGGCGUGGUUACCUUGAAUGACAGCCAGUGUGCCAGAUUGAGGACCCGCCACCAGAGGCAGCUAGCUGCUGUUGACCGCGUUUAUCGUUUGUGAGUAUUUAUAUCUGGGAUAAUAUGGCUUGAUAUGUGGGAAACUGUAUUAAUGGACCAUCAUAGAAGUAUUUGAGGGAAGUUAGUAUUUUAUUUAAACAUUUGUAUGUUUGCAAUAAUUAGCAGUUUGAAGAUGUUGGAUAAGUGACAUUAUCACAGCUACUGAUACAAUAUGCAGGUCAAAAUUUUUGUUAUUCACACGACCCAAUC